AUGGCAGAGCUCGUCCCCGCCGGAGUUCUCGGUACUAUUACAUACCAUAUUAUCACUCUCGCCAUCGAAACUGGCCAGGCCAACGAUGAAGUUCGUCGCAGCCUUGAGUUGGUCCGCACCUGUGAUCGAGACCUCCAGCACCUGAUCAGUUUGCGCGAUGAGCAUCUGGAUAUCUUAGAACGGAAACCGAUCGAACUUGAACGUAUCAACUUGAUCAUCGAGGAUGCCCACAAAGGACUCCUUGAGGUGGGAAGGAUCGUCGAAAAGUGCAGGCCAGAGGCAAACAGGGGCAAGCUACCGUUUGCUCGCCGAGGGCGAUGGGUUUUGUUCGACUCAAAGCAGUUCAACAGCCAGGUCCCAGUUAUCAACGGCCAUCAUCAAGCAGUACUGGCCGAGAUCACCUUUCUCCGGCAGAUUGCCCUUCAUAUCCCGACUCCGGUGCAGAAUCAAGUCAUCGACACAGACACCAAUAAGUCGGUCCAGAAAAAGCGAGUUGGUAUCGACAACGUCAACCUCCUGGGCAGUCUCAUGGGAAGAAAACCAGGCAAGCAGAGGGAGCGCGAGUACGAUCAACGAGCCUUUACCGCCGACUUUCUAUACACAGCCACCAGGCUUCAGUGCAGUGCCGCCCCAGUUUGUGCAGGAACAGCUUUCUACAGGGACGACACCGGCGCAGUACAGGUCGCCCUCGCCGUUCUCAUUUUCUGA